AUGCAAAAGAAAUAUACAAAACAUUUUGUACUUUUUUUUUUCUUAACUAUUAAUAAAUUUGUGAUAAAAAAUGACCACAAUAUAAGUCGAACUAAUCUCGAUAGAGUAUCUAUCCCUAGAAAUAAAAAAAAAUACAAAUUACUCAAUUUAUAUAAUGAUAGAAAAAAAAAUAUAUUAACAAAUAUAAAAAGAAACUCUUUUCUAGAUAUACAAAAUAAAAAUGACAUUGAUUAUAUAUAUGGCUUGAAUUCUGUAUAUUCGGUCCUUAAAAAAAAUGAAAGAAAAAUCGACAAAGCUAUAAUUAACAAAAAUGCCAAAAGGAAUAAGAAGAUCCACAAAGAGGCCUAUGAUUAUAUCUUAAACACAAUAAAAGAGAAAAAUAUACAAAUUGUUUAUAAAACAAAAAAUGAAAUGGAUGAACUAGUAGGGGGAUUUCCUCACAAUGACAUUAUAAUUGAAGCUACUUAUAGAUAUAUGAAAAAUUAUAGACAUUUUAUAAAUAAUAAAAAAACAACAAAUAAUAAUAACAAUAAUAAUAAUAAUAUAUUUAUUUGCCUACAUAAUGUUUAUGACAAUAUGAAUGUUGGAAAUAUUUGUAGGUCUAUUUUAUUUUUUGGGGGUGACUCAAUAUUUUUAAAACGGAAAAAAAAAAAAGGCGAACAUAAAAAUUAUAUAAAAAUAGAUACACCUAUUUUACAUUCAAGUGUUGGCGCCUCAGAAUAUUUGAAUUUUUUUCAUGUAAAUAAUAUGGAAAACUUUAUCUCAUCUUUAAAAGAAAAGGGAUUUACCAUACUAUCUACAAGCUCCCCAAAGAAUAACACACGAAUGACAAAUUUUGUAGAACUUAAAAAUAUGAAAAUAAAUAAAAAUGAAAAAGUGAUGAUAAUACUGGGUAAUGAAAGCAAAGGACUAAGUGAGGACAUUAUAAAAAACUCAGAUAUUUGCAUUUAUAUAAAUAAUUUAUAUGAUGAAAAAAAUAUUCAACCCAAUUUAAAAAAUAUAAAUGAUAAUUUAAUUGUUAAUAGUCUUAAUGUAAACAAUGUAUGUUCUAUUAUUCUACACCAUUUCCAGUCCAACAUAUUAUGA